GAAAACAAAGCCUUAAAAGGAAAUUCACUGAUGUCACCAUUUUUGUGGCCGAAAUUGAAAUUGGAUCCGAGAGAUAUACCCCACAAUUAUUUGGAACUUGGUCACACAAACAGUUGAUACGUAGACAAAGUCCCUUAACUUAUUAA